GAGAAAGAGAGAGCCAGAGCGAGUCUGGCAGGGGUUGGCACUAGCUGUUGCCAUGACAAGCAUUUUCUGAAGAAAGAUCUGCCGUUAAGACCGUCCAGAGCUGGGGCAGGGAGGGGGCCCACUAACUUCCCAGGACUAACCCUCUAGAAAGAGUAAGGGCCAACGAAACCCAGCUCAAUCUCUCCUCCACCCGUUUUCUUCCAGGGCUCCCAAGAACCUUCUCCCUUGGAGGGUUAGAGUAGGAGACCCAGCCCACUCUCAGACCCAAACCGGGAAGGUGAGCAAGCAAACAGGCAUCUUUAGCAAUUAUUACUAUAUUAGGAGGGCCGGUGGGUGGUCCUCCCCACCCCAUCCCUCCACUCCAUGGAAGCCUGCAAGGAGAUUCCCGCUUGGAGAAGUCCGGAUUAUUGCUAGGAGGAGAGGUACCUCCGGUCUCCAGAAAGCCUUCCUCCUCGCCUUCAUCUUGACCUGCGCCACUACUUGCACCCCUUAUCCUCCUACCCCAGACAGGGUUCCAACGUUGUCAAGGAUGCCUCCACGGUGAAAUAUAUACCCUAUUUGCACCUGGCUCCCAGGAAGUUGAGUCUGCUGGGCCCUGGGCCUAGGGAGGACAAUCCGCAUCUGACACCGGCUCCCUUCCCCGCUCCCUGCAGGGCAGCCCCUGAAGCCAGGAAGGGGCCCAGGGCCUCCCGGGCCUGAGUCCUGCCCCUGCCACCUCCGCUGCUCCCCCAGCUGAGGCUGUGUUCUCCAGAAACAUGAGGAAGAGCACACAGACGCACCUCGCCAACUCGGUGGGCACCAUGGCCAACAACUUUGGCUGCACCGUGAUGGAGCUGCGGCACCUCAUGGAGCUGCGCACCAGCGAGGCUGUGGCCGAGAUCAACCAGCGCUUCGGGGGUGUGCAGGGCCUCUGUGAGAAGCUGAAGACCUCGAACACCGAAGGACUGUCUGGGAACCCUGCAGAUCUGGAGAGACGGAAGCAGGUAUUUGGAGAAAACUUAAUCCCCCCUAAAAAAGCCAAGACCUUUUUGGAGUUAGUGUGGGAGGCUCUACAAGACGUCACACUCAUCAUCCUUGAAGUGGCAGCAAUCAUCUCCCUGGGCCUGUCCUUCUACCGACCUCCUGGUGACGAAAAUAAUUUGGAGUGUGGGCAAUCCAAAGUUGGUGCGACAGAGGAAGGGGAGGCAGAGACUGGCUGGAUCGAAGGGGCAGCUAUCCUAUUUUCAGUCAUCAUUGUGGUAUUGGUGACGGCCUUCAAUGACUGGAGCAAGGAGAAGCAGUUCCGGGGACUACAGAGCCGUAUUGAGCAGGAACAGAAGUUCAGUAUUAUUCGCAAUGGCCAGAUCAUCCAAUUGCCUGUGUUUGAGAUUGUGGUGGGAGACAUCGCCCAGGUCAAAUAUGGUGACCUGUUGCCUGCAGACGGGGUCCUGAUCCAAGGGAAUGAUCUGAAAACUGAUGAAAGUGCCCUAACUGGAGAGUCUGACCAUGUCAAGAAGACUGUAGAGAAAGACCCCAUGCUACUUUCAGGAACCCAUGUGAUGGAAGGGUCUGGCCGGAUAGUAGUGACUGCGGUGGGUGUGCAUUCACAAACUGGAAUCAUUUUCACCCUUUUGGGGGCAUCAGAGAGUAAUGAGGGGAAGAAGGAAAAAACUGGUAAAAAACAAGGAGCUCCUGAAAAUCGCAACAAAGCUAAGACCGAAGAUGGUGUGCCUCUAGAGAUCCAGCCCCUGAAGAGCCAAGAAGGGAUAGAGGAAGAAGAGAAGAAGAAGAAGAAGGGGCCCAAGGAAAAGUCCGUGCUACAGGGCAAGCUGACACGCUUGGCUGUUCAGAUUGGGAAAGCCGGUCUUUUCAUGUCUGCUCUCACAGUUCUCAUCUUGAUAUUGUCCUUUGUGAUCAACACAUUUGCGGUGCAAGGUCAGAGUUGGAACGUGGACUGCAUCCCCAUCUACAUCCAGUACUUUGUCAAGUUCUUCAUCAUUGGGAUCACAGUGCUUGUAGUGGCUGUACCAGAAGGGUUGCCUUUGGCUGUCACCAUCUCACUGGCCUAUUCUGUCAAGAAAAUGAUGAAGGAUAAUAACCUCGUGCGUCACCUGGAUGCCUGUGAGACUAUGGGGAAUGCAACGGCCAUCUGCUCAGACAAGACAGGCACGCUGACUUUGAACCGCAUGACAGUGGUGCAGGCCUUCAUAGGGGACACUCACUUCAAGGAGGUCCCCAGCCCAGAUGUCAUUGCACCCAAUACCCUGGACCUCAUUGUCAAUGGCAUCUCCAUCAACAGUGCCUACACAUCCAAGAUCUUGCCUCCAGAGAAGGAAGGAGGGCUUCCUCGGCAGGUGGGCAACAAGACGGAAUGUGGCUUACUAGGCUUUGUCAAAGACCUGAAACACGACUACCAGGCAAUAAGGAAUGAGGUGCCAGAGGAGAAAUUCUACAAAGUCUACACCUUCAAUUCAUCACGCAAAUCAAUGAGCACAGUUAUCCAGAACCCAGAUGGGACUUUUCGAAUGUACAGCAAGGGGGCCUCAGAGAUGCUCCUGAAAAAGUGCCUCUGGAUCCUUGACAGGAAUGGGAACCCACAGACGUUCAAGCCUAAAGAACGUGAUAGUAUGGCAUGCACAGUGAUUGAGAAGAUGGCCUGUGAGGGGCUUCGGACCAUCUGUCUCGCUUACCGGGACUUUGAAGAGGAGCCUGCCUGGGAUAACGAGCUUGAGGUCCUCUCUAAGCUGACCUGCAUCGCUGUAGUUGGCAUUGAAGACCCUGUGCGCCCAGAGGUGCCUGCAGCCAUCCACAAGUGCAAAGUGGCUGGCAUCACUGUCCGAAUGGUGACAGGAGACAACAUCAACACAGCCCGAGCUAUUGCCACCAAGUGUGGCAUCCUGACUCCUGAUGAAGACUUCCUGUGCUUAGAAGGCAAAGAGUUCAACCGACGUAUCCGAAAUGAGAAGGGCGAGGUGCAGCAGGAUGAGCUGGACAAGAUAUGGCCCAAGCUUCGAGUGCUGGCCCGAUCGUCCCCUACUGACAAGCACACACUCGUGAAAGGCAUCAUUGACAGCACUGUGGGGGAACAUCGGCAGGUGGUGGCUGUUACUGGGGAUGGUACCAAUGAUGGACCAGCCUUGAAGAAAGCAGACGUCGGCUUUGCCAUGGGCAUUGCAGGUACAGAUGUGGCAAAGGAGGCAUCAGACAUCAUUCUAACAGAUGACAACUUUACCAGCAUCGUUAAGGCAGUGAUGUGGGGUCGAAACGUCUAUGAUAGCAUUUCCAAGUUUCUGCAGUUCCAGCUCACUGUCAAUGUGGUGGCUGUGAUUGUGGCCUUCUCUGGGGCCUGUUUCAUCCAGGAUUCCCCACUGAAAGCUGUGCAAAUGUUGUGGGUAAACCUGAUCAUGGAUACUUUUGCCUCCCUUGCUCUGGCUACCGAGCCACCCACAGAGUCUUUGCUGUUGAGACAACCCUAUGGCCGUGAUAAGCCACUGGUCUCCAGGACUAUGAUGAAAAAUAUCCUGGGACACGCGAUCUUCCAGCUUUGUGUCAUCUUUACCCUCCUCUUCGUUGGUGAAAAGUUCUUUGACAUCGACAGCGGGAGGAAAGCCCCUUUAAAUGCCCCACCCUCCCAACAUUAUACCAUUGUAUUCAAUACCUUCGUGCUAAUGCAGCUCUUCAAUGAAAUCAAUGCCCGAAAAAUCCAUGGUGAGAGGAAUGUCUUUGAAGGCAUAUACCGUAACCCUAUCUUCUGUGCCGUGCUAAUAGGCACAUUUGUUCUCCAGGUCCUGAUAGUGGAAAUUGGGGGCAAACCCUUUAGCUGCACAAACCUUUCCUUGAGCCAGUGGCUUUGGUGCCUUUUCAUUGGGAUUGGAGAGCUGGUCUGGGGCCAGGUAAUCAACACAGUGCCUACUUCAAGACUGACUUUCUUGAAGGAAGCUGGGCAUGCCACCACCAAAGAAGAAAUCUCCAAGAGAAACCUGGCUGAGGGACUGGAAGAAAUUGACCAUGGAGAAAUGGAGCUGCGCCGUGGCCAGAUUCUCUGGUUCCGGGGCUUGAAUCGCAUCCAGACUCAGAUCGAGGUAGUUAACAAAUUCCAGAUGGCAGUCGGCUCUUAUCACGGGGCCCUGAGGAGACAGAACACCACGAGUCUGCAAGAUAUAAAACCUGUUUCUACCCCAACUCUUGUAAAUCUUUCUCCAGACAAUUCUGCUCCCAACACUUCUGUUCCUGAAUCUUCUUCUAUGGGCAAUCAAAGUCGUGAAAGCAUUCCGUAGCUCCCUCUUUGAAGGCCUUGAGAAACCCGAAACCCGAAGCUCUAUCCACAACUUCAUGACUCAUCCUGAGUUCACCCUGGAAGAAGAUGAGCCAAGAACACCACUCCUGGAUGGCAGCGAGGAGGAUGAAGAUAGCAGAGAGCCUGGGACAGACAGAUUCCCCAAGGCCACUGGGAGCAAAGAACCCCCAUCCUUUCUAUCCAACAAUGAAAACUACAAUGCUUUGGACUCUAGCCCAGUGCAUAUAACAAUAUCCAACUCCGAUAGCACCUUACACAGCCUGGAGACAUCAGUUUGACCCUUAGAACUCCGGCUUCCAUCCCUGAUUUCUCCCAUUUCCUCCCUUCUCUGCCCCUUUCAUGUGAUAUCCAUGUAGUAAUGGAACUUCUUAUUGUCAUGUCACCUGCUCCUGUGUGUGCACCAUGUGUGGAUUCCCACUCGCCCAUUAGAGACAAGAGCAGACACAUUCAGGCGCCCCCAAUUUGCCUUUAAAUUGGUGUUUGGGGUCAGAGGCUUCACAGCUGAUGCAAGUAGUGCUGGGGUCUCCUCAUGUUGGGCUCUAUAAAUCAAGUGGGUUUUUUUUGUUUGUUUUUAAAGAAAGGCAUCAGCUCCCAAAAUGAUUUCCUGUAUUUGUGGGCAUAGAACACAGGAAAACCUCUCGACUCCUAUGAGCCACUGUGAGCUGUUAGCUAAACAAGGAUGCAGAGAGAGAAAAAUAUCUCCAAAAGGGAGAUAUAGGAUUGGGGUAGGAAGGGAGGGGGAAUGGGAGUUGCAGAAUCAACGUACAGACAAUUAUUGCUUUUAAACAAGUCUUCCAUUUUGAAAAUUUCUACUUAAGCUCCUUAGCUCUUUCAGGCUUCCUUACCUAUCUCUCCUGAGUUCUUUUUAUCCCUUUCCUCCCCUUUUCCCUGCCUCUUUUUUCAGUGGUAAUAAUUAAGAGAGUAGAGAAAACACUGAGCGAGUUGAGUGACCAAGUAUUAGCUUGGUUUGCCAAGCCUCAGUUGGACUGAACUGCUUCUGCCUCUGGAGCCAAGGGAGGCUUCAGUUAUGGUUUUUGGAACCAGUUUUGGUCCUGAAAGGAUUUCAUUUGAACAGUAAAGUAAACCAAGUAAUUUGAGUGUGUUGUGUGUAUGUGUUUGCCCUGUUGGUGCAAUGUGCCUUCUCCUCCAUACUGCCAUGUGGUCAGAAAGGGGAGAGGCCAGCUUUUAAAUGUCAUGAAGAAAAAGCCUUGACUUUGGAGGGGAUCAUGCAUUGAGCUAUAGGUAGUAUUUCCUGGGGUCUGAGCAGAAGGGGUGAGUUGGAUCUGACUUUUCCUCCUGCUGAACACAUAUUAGGGACCAGAAACUGGCAGAUCUUGGGCAAGACAAGCCAUUAGAGUAGAGAGUUUUCUACCUAACAUAACCCGUGGUACUUUCAAAGCAGUCUGCCAAGGCUCUGCCAACUCAGGGUGUCAAGAUAGGUAAGGAAGUCAGUGUUUAUGGAGCUCUCAGGAGAGGCUGAGGAAGGUUGUUCAAGUCAGAGCCGGGGCAGACCUUUCUUCACGGGGUUUAUAAGAUCAGGGCCUAACUGCCUAAUUACCAGCUUUGAAUCUCCUGUGAUUUACUAAGUCUGUUUCCUUGCAGUCCUGUGUCCUCUGAGGGAGCUCCAGCACACCCCAAAAUUUAGCUUUAAAACUACCUAUUAUCAACUAGGUGCUCCAGUAGUAUUUGGCUAAUUAAGGCAGCAAAAGGAGCUCACACUCUGACCCUUGGUUCUCCACCCUACCCUCGCCCCAUGACCUUUUCCAGUAAUGAGCUCUCACUGCUGCCCAGUAAAGCCCUGUGCCUUUCCCCACCACCACCACCACCACCCAACACUGCCCAAAGCCUCCCCUUCCAGCCUGGCACUUGGGAGUUGGGGUCUUUGCUGAGAUUCUUUUUUAAGUGUUCUUAACAAGGAUGAGAUAGAGCUGUACUUUCUGGGGGCUCCAUUUUUGUCCCUGCUGACGUUGACUGAUGCUUUUCUGUGUGUGGGGUCUGGCCUAUCACUCCUGUUUGCCACUUUCCAUCACCAGUGGAUGAUGGAAGCCCCACCAAGAAAGGGAUGGAAAAGGGGGGACCUCAGAGCUCUAAUGAACUGCCAAAUUGCCAAAAAUCCAAAUCUCCAAAUGCUUUUCUAAUUGUGAGGAGGAUCUUCCUGCUCCAGCCCUUCCUCCAGAGCACGUCUCUGUCAGCAUCCACCUGAGCUGUCUAACUUGGGAGAAAUAAGAAAAUAAAACACUGCUUACUCAUGGCCACAUCCCCCAACACUAUGUAAUCCAUCAACCUAGGAAAUAAAAGGAAUUUUGGUUUGGUUUUCAAAGGUUAUGUGCUUCACAAAUUAUUAUUAAAUACUUGUCGGGGUGGGGUAGAGAUGGAAAAAAGCUCAGCUCACCUGAGGUGAUGUUGGGAGUUCGAAUAUAUGUGUGUGUGUAUGUGUGUAUAUAUUUACAUAUACAUAUAUACAUGUAUAUACAUGUAUAUGUAUGUAUAUACAUAUGGAUUAAAAAUACAUUGGGAGAUCCUGAGUUAGUUCUGUCAAAUCUUUAUUACCUCAGAUGUUUAAAAACAACAACUUUGGAGGCUAUUUUACCAUGUUCACUCCCUAAAGACUCUCUAGGUACCUGAUAGGGUUACCCUUGAGGGCCUUGUCUACUUUUUAAAGUCAAAGGUUUUUUGUGUUCUAGUUUCCAUAGUAGGAGAGAGAGGAUAUAUAAAUAUGCAAAUAUAUAUAUAGUUUUCCUUAGAUCAGAAACUGAUAUUUUUGAGUCAGCCAUAUGUAUUUUGUUUAAAAGGAUUAAAAAUAAAGAGCUAUCAUGUGGCCCAGCUGAAGGGCUCAUGAAAACCAGCUGUUUGAUGUGACAGUUGACUUAGUAUAUCUUUGAUGGGUUCUAAAGGCCAACAAACUACUUCCUUUCUCCAAACAGCCAUCUUUGUACUUUAAAAAAAAGAAAAAAAAGAGUUGGGUUCUAGAAAUGUUUUUUAUAUAAAUUAUAUCAAUAUGGCUGGUUGAGUAAGUUUAAGCAUUUAUGUGCAUACUUUUUUAUGUAAAAUUGUUUUCUAUUUUGGCAACAGGUAAAUGUGGCUUAAGUUAUUCAAGAAAACCCCCUCCCUCCAUUCCCCCCCCAAAAAAUGGUGCUUUAGAUUUGAAAUGGGUAGUGUAGGGUGGAAGGAGGUGGGGGAGAGUGAGGUUUCAAUUUUAGAUUUCCUCUCUAGAUGGAUCAUGAAGGAUAAGGAGCGGGGCAGGUGUUAGUCUGCUAAUGGAAAGGGAAAACAUUCAGCAAGAAUAACUGUGCCAGGCAAGAGAUGAACUUCUACCCCCAUGUAGUCAAUUGAUUGCCAGCUCCUCUCACAUCAGGGUUUUCAGAAGUUAGGGGCCUCUCAUUGGCUUUUGUUUUCUUCGAAGCAACUGGCAGAUUGGUACCAAAGACAUUCACAAGGGUGAUCUCUUUUAGAGUUUACAAUUUCUCUAGUCACUUCUUGUAUACCUGGGUGUUUAACAUUAGUAUGUAGCCCAUAGAGAGGGUUUUUAACAUGAGGAUCUGAAUGUUUUCCCCCAGAAAGGUUUUGUGCUCAAUGAGGAAGGCAAUGUCUACUCCAGAUGGGAAAAACAAAAGCUGGUUCUAGUCAUAGCAGUUUUGGGGAACUGUCUGGAUAGGACUCUUCCCUGUCCUCUAUGCCCCACUUCCUCACCUAAGAAUGAGAAACUCACCUCAGAACUCCUUGGGGGAGCCUGGUGGUCUCCUUUUAACUGCAAACUUUUUCAGUUUCCUUCCCUGUACUCCCCCCACCCCCGCCAUCCCCAAGCCUUAGAAGGUAAAGUUUGUACAGUAGAAUUUCAAACCACUAAAACCUAGAAAAGGCCUUGGGGAGUGGAACUCACAUGUACCAUGAGACCUUCUAGAUGAGUCUCAUUUCCUCUUCUUCCACCUUAUAGUUGACCCAGUAAGUGGCACCAUUCCCGAAUAUCCUUGGUCCAGGUCCCACCUCCUACUUCUUAUUAUAGGCCAUCCCACUGUAGCAAGAGAGGUUACCCAUAAACCUUAUCCUUCAAUCAUUCCAAGCUUCUUUCCCUUUCAACAGACCAAAUCCCUUUACUUUUUGCUCACUACUAUCCCUGUCUUAAUUUUGCCCUUUGUCAGCCCUACCACACCAUUUCCCUUUCCUAGGCCAAGUUUCCUAAAAGGAAGAUGUAUGAAGAUGAGCUCAGGUCACCCUCCCAUGACUAAAUUGGCCUUGUUAAACAUUUUCCAUAUCUAUACAUAUAUAUGCAUAUACAUGUAUGUAUAUAUAUGUAUAUAUGCUGUGUGUACGUGUGUGCACACGCACACGCGCACGCCAAUGAAUCUCUUAGGUCUUUCUUUUGCAAGCAGCACACAAACAGGAGUUCUGAGUUUCUUUUUUCCUUCCCAGUAACUCAAAGCACUGGUAUUUUUGUAUAAAAAGCAAAAAAACAAAACAAAAGAAACUAAGUAUUUGUGGUAUGCAUGCCAUAAAAAGUAAAUGGUGGUUUCAAAGCAAUAUGUACCCUGAUGUGUGUGGCCAUAUACUGCAGUUCUGCUUAACAGUACACCCAGUCUGUACCUGCAUUCUGAUAUUAUUUAAGCUCUAUGUACAAUGUUUUGCAUGUAUUUAUAUGGUUCUGGGGGGGAGGGGUGGAAUGAAAGUCAACACUUCUGGAAACAUUGAAACUUGUCAGUUCACUGAGAUGAGAAGAUCAAAAGAGAGGAGAAAUUUGAAAAAAAAGAAAAAAUAAAGGGACAAUUUUAUUUUAUUUUAUUUUGGGGGGAAUCAAUAAUGCUUUUUGCUGUUGAGCAGAAACCAAUGCCGCUGUACACUGAGAAUAAAAACCCCAUGCCCACUUGUAA